AUGCCCACCCCAUCCCUUAAUAUGAAGUCUCUCUCUGAAAGUAUCAAUAAAGUCAGGGAGGAUAUUGAGUUUGCGGUUUCCGAAAUAGAAGGCAUGGAGUCUUUGCUAGACCGACUGCUUUCUGACUUCGAUCCUAACGACAGAUCAUCCGAAAGGAAGGUGCGCUCUCUGGAGAGUCAGAUUGAAGUUAAAAUGUCGCUUUUGGACACUCUUAGGAAACGUGAAAAUGCUCUUGCAUACCGUUUAAGUUCUCUUUCUCAAUUGCCGACUUCUGAACUGACAGAGAAUGGUCCCAUUCAAGAGCCUAGCCUAAGUCAAAACGCUUCUUCAAGGACCUUAAAGAAGUCUUCCUCUUCAACAUCUGUCCCAGAUCCGGAUGUUGAUCCUCGCCGUCCUCAAAAAGCUUCCUCGAAGGCCGUAAGGAAGUCUUCCUCUUCAGAAUCCGUAAACGAAAUCGCAAGGGCAUCAAUAUUUGAUGGUGUAGAUGAUGCAGACCUGGAGUUCUACAAGCGUCGUGCACGUCUCCAUAAGAGGAGUGAACUACAAAAGGAGUUAAAUGCCUUGGAAUCAAAUAUGCCAGUCAAGGAGAAGCCUGAGGACGCAGAACUUGACGGUGGUUUACGUAUCCCUGGAGAAAUCUGGGCCCGCCUCUAUGAUUACCAGCGAACUGGGGUUCGAUGGCUUUGGCAACUUCACCGGCAUGGCACUGGUGGUAUUCUUGGUGAUGAAAUGGGUCUCGGAAAGACUAUCCAAAUCAUCGCCUUCCUGGCCGGUCUUCGACAUUCGCAUUUGCCUUCCACUGAUAGCAUCUUCCAAAUGGCUAUGUCUCGAUCACGUAACAGCGUUAGAUCAGCUUACGAUGACGGGCUCGUCAACUUGGGUCCCGUGCUUAUCGUCUGCCCGGCAACUGUCCUAUCCCAAUGGCUAUCCGAGUUUCGCACUUGGAUUCCAACCGCUCGUGUUGUAAUUCUUCACUCUAGUGGUUCGGGUUACACUAACCCCUCUCGGUUGAUGUCUAGUCUCUUCUCAACGUCAGGUUUUGUGCUGACAACCUACGGAACCCUUAUGCUUCAUAGGGAUCUCCUGUUGCCGUUAGCGUGGCAGUACCUCAUUCUGGAUGAAGGCCACAAAAUCAAGAAUCCCGAGGCUGACAUAACCAUGACUGUCAAGCGAUUUUUAACACCACACAAGCUGAUAGUCUCCGGCACACCCAUGCAGAAUAACUUGAAGGAACUCUGGUCCAUCUUCGAUUUUGUCAAUGUUGGCAAGCUGGGCAGUCUUCCGGAUUUUCUACAGAACUUUGCUGUACCGAUAACACAGGGUGGCUACGCCACAUCCUCCCCUGUUCAGGUCCUCUUCUGUCGUCUGACUAACUAUCAGCGCAGUGUGUACGAGGAGUACCUCUGCUCGAGAGCCUGUACCGAAAUUCUCAAUGGCAAGGGUCUCGUCUUCAAGGGGCUUAUCCUGCUGAAAGCCCUGUGCAAUCAUCCUGACCUCGUCACCGGUGGCCCUCGACACUUUGGCAUGCGAAAUGGCGAAGAUCAGGAUGAUUUGUUGGCCGGCAAGUUGAGCCUUGACCCGCCGGACAGUCGUGCCGAAAUGGCCUGGGAGCAGUUUGGUUGUCCCAGACGCUCAGGAAAACUCAUGGUCACUCUGGAGCUUCUUCGUUUGUGGUACCAGCAGGGACACAAGGCGUUGGUGUUUACGCAAAGUCGCAGGAUGUUGCGUAUUCUUGAGAAGUACUUGUCCGCUGCGGGUUACGCCUACCUCAAAAUGGAUGGCACCACCCCGGUGGGUCAGAGACAGAAACUCGUAGAGAUGUUUAAUGCCAGGCCUGGUGCUGCCUCUACGUCCUCU